GAGCAUUCUAGCAGAGAUUUCAGGACUCGAAAGUAUAGUUAUAUGAAAGUCCUUUUUUUCUUAGGAUAUAAUAGCAAUACUCUUAGAAGUUUUUUUUAGCAGACAUUUAAUAUAGUUCUGUUGAGAUAUUGAAAGUAGCUUUCUACCAAGGACUCUUCAACAUUACUAAAACAUUAUGGAAGGAGAGUUACGCUUAGAUCCGAUUAAAAUGAGUCCUUUCUCUAAAGCUAUUGAUAAGAACCUUUUUAAAAAGUCGUUUGAUCUCGUAGCUGCUCGAGUUCUUCCCCAGAAAGUGGGUAUUUUGAACAAAAUUUGUCGCAAGGAUUUGUUGGAGUUACCGCGAGUAAAACAUGUAUACCAAGAUGAAGACCGUAAAUUGGUACUCUUAAAUCAAAAAGCUACAUUAGAUGGGACUGAGGGACUUUCGGAAACAACAAAGUCAUUUAUUAAGGAAAAUAAUGUAAAAUUGGUUCCAUUUAAGCUUACCGUAGAUUAUGACUACUGGAGAGCUGAGGACAUCUUAGAUGCCAUUCUUCCUCCAGGUCAAAAAGAAGAGCAUCCUUCUGGAUUUACUGCAGUAGGUCAUAUUGCUCAUAUGAAUUUACGAGAGGAAUGGCUUCCAUAUAAGUACCUUAUAGGUCAAGUUAUUCUCGAUAAGAAUCCUUCUAUUAAAACAGUUGUGAACAAGACAGAUAGUAUCGACACCAAAUAUAGAACAUUUCAGAUGGAAGUCUUAGCCGGAGACCCAAAUUUCAUGGUAGUUCAGUCCGAAUCUAACUGCAAAUUUCGAUUUGAUUUUUCCAAGGUGUAUUGGAAUUCUCGUCUCAGCACUGAACAUGAUCGCUUGGUAAGCCAAUUCCAAGAAGGAGAAGCGGUUUGCGAUGUUAUGGCCGGAGUUGGUCCUUUUGCAUGUCCAGCAGGUAAAAAACGUGUAAUCGUUUUUGCGAAUGAUUUGAAUCCUUCAAGCUACGAAAGCCUAGUUGACAACGUUCAAAUCAACAAGGUCGGAGAUUUUGUCAAAGCUUAUAAUCAAGAUGGUCGCCAUUUCAUCCGUUCAUCUGCUGAAGAGCUGUUGAGGUUUUCGAAGCAGGAAAUCAUAGAGCUCCCUCCUCCAAAAAAGCUUGCAAAAGGAAACUCAAAAGAUACUGCUUCUUCUUCCAAACGUGUCAUUGGUAUCCCGCCAGUAUUUUCCCACUAUGUGAUGAACCUUCCUGGCUCUGCUUUGGAAUUUUUAGAUGCCUUUAAUGGAUGUUACGAAGGAAAAGAGCACUUAUUUGAAAAUCGUUCACUUCCAAAGGUCCAUGUUCAUUGUUUCUCAAGAUACGAUCCUCCGGAUGAAGAUAUACUAAACCGAAUUGAGGCAUCCAUGGGAUAUCGUUUGCAACCUGAAGAAUUAAGUUUGCACUAUGUUCGAAAAGUAGCUCCAAAAAAGGAUAUGUACUGUUGUACUUUCAUUUUGCCAAAAUCUGUGAUUUUUGGAAAAAAAUAAAGAUGCGGUUUUCCAGCAGAAAAAUGAAUAAAUAUAUUGAUAUAUACAGUUAUAUAUUUCGUUAGUGUUUUUGUUCAUACGAAAUAAAUUAACUAAAACAAAAC